AAACCGUAAGUACUGUAAAGAAUAUUAUGGGAUCCAUUGUGCGCUUAUUUGUUGUGUUUACUUUUGUGCUAUACUUCAAACGACGCACAUUGUUAUUGUCAUUAAAUUUUGUUGUUGAUUUUUUAUGUUCUAACCGAGCAGUUUGCCGAACAGCUGAUUGUGCAGCAACCGAGCUGCCAACUCGCUUUGUCUGCAUAGAUGGACAGCAUUUAAACAUGUAACCAAGAAAUAUAUGAGCAGAAUUCGAGUGCCAAUACCUUGACGUCACAAUUUCUGCAUACUGGGCAACCUUUUUCAAUAAGCAUCACAUAAAGCGGAGUGUUGCCAUACUUUAAAUAUAUGUUCAUAUAUUUAUAUAUAUAAUACGUUUGUGCAAGCAACAAGCAUUUUUUCCUCAAAUUAACUUCCUGCAUAAUUCAACAAAUUUCUUAUAUUGUCAUAAAGUAAGCAAUGCCAAAAGUGCGUCGCAGUCGUAAACCUCCACCAGAUGGCUGGGAACUUAUUGAACCAACAUUGGAAGAGCUGGAGCAGAAAAUGCGCGAAGCCGAAACAGAACCGCACGAAGGAAAACGCAUUACGGAAUCACUGUGGCCGAUCUUCAAGAUACAUCAUCAGAAGACGCGCUAUAUUUACGAUCUGUACUAUCGCCGCAAGGCUAUUAGCCGCGAGCUGUACGACUACUGUCUGAAGGAGAAAAUUGCCGAUGCCAACUUGAUAGCCAAGUGGAAAAAGUCGGGCUACGAAAACCUCUGCUGCUUGCGGUGCAUACAAACGCGUGACACGAAUUUCGGCACGAACUGCAUUUGUCGCGUGCCCAAGUCCAAGCUGGAAGAAGGACGAAUUGUGGAAUGCGUCCACUGCGGAUGCCGUGGCUGUUCCGGCUGAGACGGAAGUCAAAAAAGUCCAAUCCAUUUCAUUUUUAAGAAAUAUAAAUAUUGUAAAUACGAGAGUGGUUUUAAACAUUUCCAAGCUUAACGUAAAUAGAAAGGAAGCAGAUAUAUAAACUAUAUUUAUCUUUUAUAUUUAUAAUUUAUAUAUAUGUACACAGAUAUUUUCCUCUCGCUUGGAAACGUUUUGGACAGCGCUCGUACAAUUGCAAGUUCAAGUCAAUGUGAAGGCCAACUCUUAGAAACAGCUCCAAGGUUAUUCUCGCAGCUAUUUACUAAGCGAACAGUACAAGAAAUUUUAAAUAAAUUAGUAAACUUUUUAUAAGAAUACAAAUAACUUGUAGAAAUGGAGCAUAUAUUGAAACAAAUUUAAGCUUUUGUUUGAGCAAAUGCGAAAUUAAUUUACUUUUAUUUUCGCGCUCUACUUCAACCUUGUUAGCGUUACGAUUUCAC